AUGAUGCCUGUUGAUGUCUGUCCCAAGGAUAGGGGAUCCCAGUGGGCCUGGCUUGAGAUGGGACAAUGCUAUAGCAAGAAGUCUGUGGUCCCAGAGUCUGACACCUCAGAGAGAAGCAGCAUGACGUCUGGAACUUCAGAUUCAGAUAUACAACAAGAAAACAAAGUAUCGAAAGUGUCCCUGGAUACCGGACAGAUGGCGUUUACCUUGGCCCAACUUGAGUCAUUGGAGACUUGUCUGAAAGAAGCAGAAGAAAAGGCUAAAGCUUUAUCUGAACAGCUUUCAGUCUCUGAAGGAACAAAGUCAAAACUGCUUGAACAAGUAUCCCGGCUGGAGGAAAAACUGAAGGCUGUGGACCACAAGGAAGCCAGUGGGGAACCAUAUGAAAAAAUGGUUCUUGUGAAAAACCAGUGCAUCCAGAAAUUGCAAGCUGAAGUAAAAGCUUCCCAGGAGCAACUAACAGCCCAGAAACUGAAGCAUGAAAAGAAAGUGAAAAAGCUACAAACUGAUUUGGCAACAGCUAAGCAAGAGGCUGCCAUCACAGUUCUGGAACUCAAUGAGAAGAUAAAGACUCUAUGUGAAGGAAAGCCAGCCCCUAGAGAAGACAGCUCGCUGGAAGGGUUCUGUGGAGGUCUCCCACCUGUGGAAGAAGGUGAUAGAAAAAUUAGCCUGAUAAUGGAACUGUCGACCCAGGUUUCCCUUCAGACUGAGAGGAUCACUCAGCUGAAAGAAGUUUUGGAGGAAAAGGAAAGGAAGAUUCAGCAGCUGGAAGCUGAGCAGAGUCUCCAUCCUCCCCAAGAGGUCAAGGACCCUCCAGGAUGUUUACCAGAAGCCCCAGUUUUCUCAACUGAUGACAUCCCUCCUGUGGUCUCUGAUGAGAAUUUGUAAAGAUUCCCAGUAAGAAAACAAUAAAAGUUUAUUGAGUGUCAUCCA